AUGCUUGGUAUCAAUUUGGCUGAGAAUAAGAUUUUCAAGGUCAUGGUGCGCCUAUUGGCCCAAGCAAGCAUUAAGCCUGUUAUGGACAAGGACAACAAACCAAUCUACCCAGGCAUCAAUGCCUUCAUCAUUGGUGGUACGGUUAUGGUCCCUGCCCAGGAUACAAUGCAAUUUGUCCAACUUGAUAAUCCCUCGAACUUUUGA